UGCGGCCGCGGGUGUUGUCAAUGUUACAUGGUUUGACAUUGACACAACUGAGUAGUGCUUUUCUGGUAUUCUGUCACAUGAAGAAAAUUUUCAAUAAAUUGAGUUAAAAACAUUAUUCAUUAACUAUAAACAUUUGAUUUAUAUAAUGGGCAAACAAAGUGUUGUUUCAUUUAUUAAAGAUUUUUAUUACGACCCCUUUAAAUGGUCGAUUGUGAAGAGUAUCGGCUUUUUCGCAGUCGGUGUUGCAAUAGCGAGCGAGUGUACCGGUCUUGAAGUGAUGCCCGCUGUUCCACAAUAGUCAAUAUAUAAUUCGUAUUAAUAAAUUAGAAUAUAACGCGAAAAUGCUGAAAUAUUUACUGUUAACGUCAACAUUAGCGCUCGCUGCUGUGUGUCAAGAACAAGAUAAUAAUCCAAAUAUUGUUGUUAUUUUAACAGAUGAUCAAGAUGUUGUGUUGGGUGGUAUGAAUCCUAUGAAGAAUGUCCAACGCUUCAUUGGAAAUGAAGGGACGACUUUUACGAACUCUUUCGUUACAUCGCCAAUAUGUUGUCCGAGUCGUGCUAGCUUUCUCACCGGUCUACACGUGCACAAUCACAUGACUUUGAACAAUAGUAUCAAUGGUGGCUGCUACGGACAAAGCUGGCGAACACUCGAGAGUAGAACGUUCGCUGCGAGUCUAUAUAAUGCAGGCUAUAAUACCUUCUACGCUGGGAAAUAUUUAAAUCAGUAUGGAAGCUCUCACGCUGGGGGGCCCGAGACAGUCCCUCCUGGUUGGAGUGAAUGGCACGGCUUGGUUGGAAACUCUGUGUACUACAACUACACACUGUCAAAUAACGGUGUACCCACAUAUUCUUCUGAUCUUUAUCUUACUGAUAUAAUCCGGGAUUUAGGCUUGAGCUUUAUAGAAAAUCAAACAGAAUCUCAACCGUUUCUAAUGGUUUUGGCGCCACCCGCCCCCCACCAGCCCUUCACCCCCGCUCCAAGACACCAGGGCGUCUUCAAGAAUGUCACAGUUGUUAAACAUCCGAACUUCAAUAUUGCUGUCAAUGAUAAGCAUUGGCUAAUGAGAAUGCCGCCCUCACCUCUGCCCGCUGAAAUGAUACAGGAGUUAGACAGAGUGUACAGUUCUCGGUGGGAAAGCUUGCUGGCUGUCGAUGAAAUGGUCGCAGAUGUCGUCAAAGCGUUGGACUCCAACUCGCUUCUAUCAAACACUUACUUAAUAUUUACAUCUGACAACGGAUAUCAUGUUGGUCAAUUUUCACAAGUGUACGAUAAACGACAACCAUAUGAGGCCGACAUUCGCGUGCCACUCGUUAUACGAGGCCCUAAAGUUCAAAAGAACAUAACAAACGAUCAACCAAUCUUGAACAUAGAUUUGGCGCCGACAAUAAUUGAACUGGCCGGUUUGUCACCACCAAAAAGCAUGGACGGACGACCCAUAAAAUUCGACGCACAAAAUGAGGAGUCGGAAAGAAAUAUGCUUGUAGAAUACUAUGGGGAAGGAAGAGAUGGCACAGUUGAUCAGUUGUGUCCUUGGAGCUAUGAUAGUGAUAACCUUGCUCAAUGCUACCCGGAAUACGACUGUAAAUGUCAAGACUCAAGAAAUAAUACAUAUGCAUGUGUACGGCACAUAGCGAGGCGUAUUAACAAGAAGUUUUGCAGUUUUGCCGAUUCCGAGAAUUUCACAGAAAUGUACGACCUUAACAGUGAUCCGUACGAACUGACAAAUAUUAUUGACCAGGUGCUGCCCUCAAUGAGGCAUUGGUAUCAGCUCUUACUGUCGCAAUUGUUGACUUGUAAAGGUUACCAGAACUGUGACAAUCCACUCGAAAAUCCCAAAGUAUAUGGAUAAGCAUUACAUUAAACCGAGUUUUCCGAA